ACACACUGUCAGUUUGACUUGUCAUUCAUUUUUUUUCGGUCUCUCAGAAGCAAAGGCUUGACAACAUCGCAAUACGCAAACGGCACGAUGAAGAAAUUUCUCGUCUUGUUCUGUCUCUCUGUUUUUGUGGCGAGCUCCUUAGCUCAGGAGCUCUCGGAGGAACUUGCGCAGGAGCUUCCGGAAGAACUUGCGCAGGAUCUCGCGGACGAUAGGGAGCAGGAGCUUCAAGACGACAGAGGCGGAGAGGAACUGGACCUCUCGCUGGACAGCCAAGAGUCCGAAGAAAGCGCCGACGAUCGUGAACUGGGCAAACGAGGCGGCAGUGCGCUUCCUCCUCCGGUAAAAAAGGCACCUCCUCCGAAGAAGAUCGUAUACCGGGCGGCGCCGAAGAAAACUGCCCCCAUUCUUAGGCCGGCACCGAAACUGAUUGCGUCUGUCACAUAUCUUCCAUCCGCACCCAAGAAAGCAGUACCUCGUAAGCUACAAGAAGUUGAGGAGGAGUCUGAAGAGCUGCUCAGAGCUGCCGAAGAGUCUGACGAUCGUCCCGAAGAGGAAAUGCCUGAAGAGUCUGCCGGUGAACGCGGUCUCGGGGGCAACAAAAAAAGAGAUAUCCCUGUUCCUGUCAAAGUGCCACAACCAAAAAAGGUCGUCGCUCCCGUGUACCUGGGCAAGAAAGGUGGCUUCUAUGGAAGUGGCUAUUACAGACGUCUCUCUGAAGAAGUGCCUGAUCUUUCAGAAGAGUUGCAGGAGUCUGAGGAGCUCGAGCUUGAACCAGAAGCUUCUUCCGAGGAGCGUGAACUCGGCAAAAAAGGAUCCAGUACUCCAGUUCCUGUGAAAGUACCUCCUCCCGUUCACAAGAAAAUUGCUCGACAGGCUCCAAAGAAGGUGAUCCGCCCGGAGCCUAAGAAGAUCGUACGCGCUGAGCCAAAGAAGAUCAUUCGCUCCGCGCCAAAGCAAAUCGUUCGCCCCGCACCGAAAAAGGUGAUCCCUACGUCGUCGACGAAAGGCAACUACUACAGACGCCUUCAAGAAGCUGAGGAUGGCAGUGCCUUCUCCGAGCUUGAAAGUGUGGUUGACUCCGCGAGAGCUGAGCGUACUGAUGGUGAAAGUGAAAGUGCCUCACUGCUUGAAAAUCUCGAAUCCGAGAAUCCCGAAAUGGAAGAAGAUGAUGACAAUGCAGGUGAUGCAGAAGAUGGUUCUGCAGAGGAUCGUUCUCUUGGUGGCAAGAAACGUGGUGGGGAUACCCCCAUGCCACUUCCCAAGAAAGUGCCUGUGCAGAAAAAGCUUCCCGCUCCCAAGAAAAUAUACUCUUCCAAACCUAUUGUUUACCGCUACAGCAAAAAGCUGUGACGUGUGAAGCUUCUGUAGAACUAAACUGCUUCGUGUGAGACUGUAAAUAGAUUUUUACGUGGUUUAUCGCGUUGUUAAUGAGACUUCCGAAGGAGGGUCAGCCACCAGUUACAUUCACUACCAGUUACGCGUUCACUUGCCGACAGUUAGAUACACCAGUUUUUCUCGACUUUGCUUCCACUAAUCGUGAGCUGGCCUCGAAAAAGUUAUCCAU